AUGGAUGCUUACGGAAAUCUUCACAAGGAGCAUGCUUUUGAUGAAUAUGGUAGGGCCAUCGCCUUUGGUCCCCAAUACAUGAGAUCUUGUCCUCUGAAUUCAAUCAGGCUUAUGGUGCCUUUUGAGAGUCAAACAACUUGGUUCACCACAUAUCACGUGAGUAGUGGACUUCUCAAGCUCAACCCACAUGAGGAACACAGAGUUAUUCAAAUUUCCCAAGGGCCCACGUUUUCUAGCUCACUCUUUGAUGAAAGAUGCUUCACAACAAAAUUUCACGGGAAAGCAACUUCAGAUUUUUCUAUCGAGCUAACUUUCGAGCAUUUGUACUAG